CGCCGCCGCGGUCUGAGGAAUGUCAACUAUUCAACAUGGAGGCGGAGGUCGAUAAGCUCGAACUGAUGUUCCAGAAAGCUGACUCUGAUCUGGAUUACAUUCAGUAUAGGCUGGAAUAUGAAAUCAAGAGAAAUCAUCUUGAUUCAGCAGGCCAGAAAAAUCCAGUUUCUGUCCUAAAGGAAUUGUCAGCGAUGAAGUCUCGCUAUCAAUCUUUAUAUGCACGUUUUAAACCAGUUGCUGUUGAGCAGAAAGAGACUAAGAGCCGCAUUUAUGCUACUUUGAAUAAGACUAUGACCAUGAUAGAAGAACUACAAAAGCAAACAGAUCUGGAGCUGUCACCACUGACUGAAGAAGAGAAAACUGUGACAGAGCAAUUAAAAUCUCACAUAAUAGACUCAUGAAGAAAUGGACUUGCAAAAGGAAACUAAGGAAGAGAUCCAUUCCAGAGAAAUUUAGGAAGAUGUCUUGUUAACACUUGAUAAUUGGAGGUGGGGGACUGGUAAAGGAGAGGAGUUUAUAUGUCUUUAAUAUGAGUGGAAAUAUAAGAGCCAGAUAUUAUCUACAUAAAAUUUAGCCCCCAUGCUUCCCCCAAAAAGAAAAGUGGAAUGGAAAUGCAGGGAUUUAAAUAUAUAUUUAUAAAUAUA